CGGGCCAGCGGGGGCGAGGUGGCCGCGCGGGGACGCUCUCGUGGCGCCGCUCCGCCUCGGGUGGCCCUGCUGCCCCGCCCUGGUGUGAUAACUAGGGCUCCUCCUCCUCGUCGUCUUCCUCCCCCUGCCGGUCACAACUCCGGGAACCCAGCCCAAGGCCUGCCUCCCGGACACACCGAGGCUCACGUAGUCUGGUGGCGGCAGCCUCCCCUGCCACCUCCCUCCGGGCAUUCCGAUGCAGCGAGCCAGCUGGAAAGGGGGCUUCCCCGCGGCCCAACAGGGUUCUAGCCUGCUCUAGCCCCGUGAUGGCUGUGGACAUUGAGUGCAGGUACAGCUGCAUGGCCCCCUCCUUGCGCAGAGAGCGGUUUGCCUUCCAGAUCUCCCCGAAGUCAAGCAAACCCCUGAGGCCUUGUAUUCAGCUGAGCGGCAAGAAUGAAGCCAGUGGGACGGUGGCCCCGACCGUCCAGGAGAAGAAGGUGAAGAAGCGGGUGUCCUUUGCAGACAACCAAGGGCUGGCCCUGACAAUGGUCAAAGUGUUCUCCGAGUUUGAUGACCCGUUAGAUAUUCCACUGAACAUCACCGAGCUCCUGGACAGCAUUGUGAGUCUGACAACAGCGGAGAGCGAGAGCUUUGUGCUGGAUUUCUCGCAGCCCUCUGCAGACUACCUGGACUUCAGAAAUCGGCUUCGGACCGACCACGUCUGCCUGGAGAACUGCGUCUUGAAGGACAGAGCCAUUGCAGGCACGGUGAAGGUGCAGAACCUCGCAUUUGAGAAGAUGGUGAAAGUCAGAAUGACAUUCGACACCUGGAAAAGCUUCACAGACUUUCCCUGUUGGUACGUGAAGGACACGUACGCAGGUUCAGACAAGGACACAUUCUCCUUUGAAAUCAGCUUGCCUGAAAAAAUUCAGUCUUAUGAGAGGAUGGAGUUUGCCGUGUGCUAUGAGUGCAAUGGACAGACGUACUGGGACAGCAAUAAAGGCAAAAACUAUAGGAUCAUCCGGGCAGAGUUGAAAUCCACCCAGGGAACAGCCCAGCCACCAAAUGGACCAGAUUUUGGAAUAGCUUUUGACCAGUUUGGAAGCCCUCGGUGUUCCUAUGGUCUGUUUCCGGAGUGGCCUAGUUAUUUAGGAUACGAGAAGCUUGGGCCCUACUAUUAGUGACGGCCUGGGAUGGAGCCGGGCUGCGUGGGUGCAGAGGAGCCGAGCUGCAUCACCCCAGGAUGGAGAUGGAAGCCCAGAGAAAAGCUGAACUGCCAUCAGGCACAGUUUUCGAAAAGAAAGGAUCCUAGUCACUUUUUUUCUUCAAGCAGGCAAGCCAGCCGGGCUUAGAUCACAGAACUGGGUUCACACUCAGAGGAGAUGGGGGUGCGGUCUGUUUGGCACCCGCGUGGUGGCAAUGAGGGUCCAAGCAGGAUGGUGCUGGAAACAGUCUGGACAGGACCCAGGCCUGCAGGGAGCGCUGGCCAGGCCGGAGGAUGGUGGCUCAGUGACGAGGAGCCCCUCUCCCCUCGGGUGUGGGAAGUCAGUCCCCCCGGCCCCCUCUUCCUGUGGUCUUCCCCGCCCACCCAGGGCCUCCCCGCCUGUUGCAGCUGCCCUGUGUCUACGUGGGCUUCACACUUUAUCUCUGUGUGUUUGAUUUUCUUCCACAGUUCAUCUGCAGUUCAGGAAAAGAUAAUAAAGGCAGAUCAGCUCAUGACGGAGACAGGCAUUUCCUUUUUCUGACCCCACUUAGAUAUCCCAGCAGAGGACGACACACCAGCUAUGAAAAGUCAACCGGCUGCUGUGCGGUGUCACCACCCAUGGCAGGCUGGUGCCAGGCAGGACAGUCAGGAGGGGGACACUUUUAGCUCCACCUCUUGGCGCUGGGGGGAACUUUCUAAGCACUCUUACCCUGAGUCACCCGAGGGCUCAAUUACAAGACUUGCUGUAACUUGCCAAGCUGGUUUGCCCGUGUCUCUUUCUUCACGAAAGGAUUUUAGGAUCUCUUUUCCUGGAGAGUCAUCUUUUAUGCUGUGCUCAGGACGUUUGGAUUUGCAGAUUAAGUGUAUCCUCGGCACCUUCAGGAAGUGCUUGGUUGUAUCCUGACUGUGAUUUACAACCUCCACGUUGUAAACAGCACCUUACAAGCCCCCACGGACUUUGACUUGGUUGAUCUUACCUAUGGUGUGUGGGUACGUAAAGGGAUAGGGGAGAAGAACCUCACCGAGUUCUCAGAUGUCGUUUUCGCUGUUUGCCAACUCUGAAAUAUCAGAUAUUAUUUGUUCUUAACCACAUUGGACUAAAGCAUUAAAAGUCUGUUGGUUCA